GCAGCAGUAACCGGACGCACCGCCGUUCCCUGCACACGCGUCCCGGUGGCUGUGGGGGACAUGUAGCCUCGCCGUCACCAUGCUCCCUGGAGUUUUCUAUGCGCUGUUGGCGGGGUUCCUGGGCGCUGUCGCCUCGUCGUCCGCCAAACUGUCGCUCGGCACCGAUUAUCUGAAAGGUGUGUGCGAGACGGGGCUGCGGACGUGGGGAGCGCCGCGCGCAUCUGCACAGGGCGGCCAGACUACCGCGUGCGACUGGCUGCAUGUCCCCUUGCGCUUGCUGUGUGGGGGGCUGGUGUUCACCUGUAAUGCUGUGAUGUGGACCUUCUUGUCCAAGGCACUCAGGUAUUCGUCAUCCUCCGCUCGGACCACUGUGACCACCACGGCCUCCAAUUUAAUCUCCUCAGCAUUCCUUGGACAGCUCAUUUUUGGGGACAGCCACAUAGCUUUGUGGUGGGUGGGCGUGUCCCUCACCCUCUCCGGCCUGCUGGUGUUGCGGCGAGCUUCCCCCAACCACGCGCGGUCUCCGCCCACAAGCAAGGACAACUGAGCCGGCCGGGCCCACCCCUCCAGUGGAACGCAAACGCAAGGACAUCAUGAUGACCAAUGACCAACGGCACCUCCCCCCACCCCUGCAUACAUUAGCAUAUUUUAGCAUAAAUGAUUACAACAUUAUGCACAUUAUUAUUACUAUUAUAGAAACAUGGCCAGGGCCAUUGCCAUGGUUUAAGGAGUAAUCUGACCUUUAUUAAACUGUAACGUUUGCAUAUGGCAGGGUUGAACAGGACAUGUCCUGAACUGGGCAUUUAGACCAAUUUAGUCCAACAAAUAUGACAGAUCCUUCCAACACACCUGGAUCUCUAUACUAUCCACUAUAAACACCACCUCUUAAAAGGAACCCUGCUACCUGCACAAGGAACUUGUCUUAGAUUAGAAACAAAUGUUAUUUUAAUGGGAACAAUUCAGAUUCGUAAAACAGAUAUGACCAAAGACUUUUAAUCCUGUAUUUGUCUUACAGGGGUGGGCAGGAAUCGUUAUUAAUGCUAGGGGGUGGAGAAGUGACACUUGAUCCCUCACUCUUUAAUGUGUCUUGAUUGAGAGCUUGUUCACACUGGGGUUUAGCAGAGUUAAACCACAUUUAGCCUGGAAUAGUUGGGCACAUCUGCAACAUCUGGAUAUUUCCUGUAUGAUUCCUUUGUUUCCCAGGAUAUAACACUAGUGAGCUAGUCCUAUAGGAAAUGGCUCUUAAUUCACAUUCUAAUCUGGAAUGUCCAGGAAACCCAAACCCCAGUGCAGAUCACCAGGCCAGAGGGGAAACGUUGGUUUACAUCAGCUUUGUGUAAAAUGCAAGACUAGUCUCACAAAGAUGGAUCAAACGAAGAUAGUCCCCAAAGAUGGUCCCCAAACAUAGACCAGCAAAAGAUUAUCCCCACACAAGGAUCAUCCCCAAACAUAGAUAGUCCCAAAAGAUCGUCCCCAAACAAAGAUAGCCCCCAAACAAAGAUGGUCCCCAAAGAUUAACAGCAUGUUUAGAGUCAGACAUUCCGAACAUUCCAUUCAGACCCUUCCUCUGAGACAUCACUGUUAAAGUGACAAAGAUCGUCUGGUAUAGAUUUGAAAUGAACAGAAUCGGACCUCGUUCUCCUUGAGCCAUCUGGUAGGAGAUCCGUAGACAAGCUGUAGUGUGUGACUAGUCCUGCCUCUGGACACAACGUACUCUCUCCUCUGGUCCACGUCACUGUGAGCAACCAUGGGAUUGGUAUAGUGUUAUGCAAUAACAACUAUGACAACGAAAUCGAACACACACUGAGAAAUGGCAUUCCACACAUUGUGGGCCUUUGACUGCCAAAGUCCAACUGAGGCAUUUUUGGUACGAGUUGCACCUUGUUACAUGCAGUGAAACACCCAAAGCACAUCUCUGUAGCAAAAACACUGAUUCCAGGAAGUCUAGUUGGAUGCACUUCCUUUGCGUCCUUCGUUUAGAGAUUAAAAGAGCUACACGCAGACUUUCAGUAGAAUAUAAUAUUAAGUAGAACUACUUACUGUGGUGCUUGAAAAUUUGUGAACCCUUUUGAAGUUUCUAUAUUUCUGCAUAAAUUUGACCUAGAACUUCAUCAGAUUGUCAAUUCUAUUGUAUAAUUCCUAAACAAGAUAGAGAACCCGAUCAGUGAGACAAAAAUAAAAGACUCACUUAUUUACUGAGGAAAAUGAUUAUAUAUUACAUAUCUCUUGGUGGCAAAAGUUAUCAUUGUAUUAUUGGAUCAUUGUUCUCAAAUGAUGGACUAAUAUUUUUGUCUCAUUUGAUUUGGUCCUCAUUGUUCCACUUUUAGGAUUUGUGUGAAGUUUUAGGUCAACCUUAUACAGAAAUAUAGAAACUUUUAAAGGGUUCACAAGCUUUCAAGCACUGCCGUGUUAAGCAGAAAACCUGAUGUCACAGCACGGGUGCUGGAUGCUAGGUGCUGGGUUCCCGCCCUGCUACUGUAGCACGCUAGCGUUUGGGCUUUUGGCUCAACUAUCCCCUCAACAAUGGGCAUUGUUAUUGAACUUCACAUGGUGAUGAUGCAUGAAAGGUUUAUGACAGCAGAAGAAAACUCAAAGCAGCUUACUGGGAGGCCCCGACAAGGUGAACUGACUGGUUAGCUGAGCGUAAUGCAGCAUGAGACACACUGACACAGGCUGACUGAUGGAGGUGAGGAGGGGUUAUGAAGCCUCUAGUAUCAGGCAAGGGCUUGGGUCAAAGGCCACAAAAGGUCACACUUCCUGUGAAUCUCCAGUGCUUCCUACUUACAGCAUGUCGAGUCCCUAUAUCAAGGGACUUAUUUUUUAACUGUGAUAGACUGACUGCAUGCCCGCAGAGCUGCCUGUCCACACUGCAGGUGCAGUGAAGGACGAACAUGCUGCAUGCCUUUCUCACCAAAGUCACCAGAGAGUUUUCCCUUCCUGUGUGUGGCCUACCAUCGGCGCCGUUCUGAAGACGCUGGCGUUUUAGGUAGUCACUGUCCUGUAAUGGUGAGUGUAUCUGCUCUCUCAAGAGUAAUCAUUCACAUAGAGCAAAGUGUCGUGUCACAACCUAGUCAACACAAUGCUAGAAAUGUCCAUUGACCUGUUUCAAGAUGUGUACUGUACAUUAUAGAUAAGACAAAGCAAACUAAUCUAGCGCUUUUCAUUAAUUAGAGUAGUGUAGCAUAGGAUGGAAUGGACUUCAUAAGGGAGCAUGUUUAUGAAAACAUUAUGCAAAAAGGCCUGAAGUUGACAUGGUGCACCAUCAUCUUGAAAGCGUUAAGAGUGAACCUCCUAUCUCUGCGCACCACACUGGAGAUAGAGGGAGGGGAACUAUAUUUUGUAGAAUUAUCUGUAGCAUUGUUUUAUUCUUCUCACCUCACCAUAUCUGUAAAUAUACACACUUGUAGAAGUGUAAAUACAUGUAUUUAGGUAUAGACACUAAUAGCACUGUAAACCCAUAUACCUGUAAUAAAUGCAACAAAAUCAGUGCAUGAGUAACCUUUGCAGGAGGGAAAUAUUUUCAUGUGCGAUGUGUGAGUUAAUACCACGGUACUGAGGCAGAGGUGAGGGACACAGGAGGCAUGUGUUGAACUAUCUGUAGCACUACCUUAUUUUAUGCACCUUGCCCUACCUGUAUAUAUCUGUAACUGUACGUGUAAAUUACAUACACUAUAUUCUGUACAGGAGCCACUGUCAUCUCAUUUACCCAUAAUAAACGCAACAUUACUUUGACUAAA